UCUCGUAAACUUACACAACCGGAAGACGACUGUGGUUCUCUUCCCUUUUGCGGCCAUCGCUGAAGCGCCAGCGGCCAAAAUGAAGUUCAAUCCUUUUGUGACCUCCGACCGAAGCAAGAACCGUAAAAGGCAUUUCAAUGCACCUUCCCACAUUCGCAGGAAGAUUAUGUCUUCUCCUCUUUCCAAAGAGCUGAGACAGAAGUACAAUGUUCGAUCCAUGCCCAUCCGAAAGGACGAUGAAGUUCAGGUUGUACGAGGGCACUACAAAGGGCAGCAGAUUGGCAAAGUAGUCCAGGUUUACAGGAAGAAAUACGUCAUCUACAUUGAACGAGUGCAGCGGGAGAAGGCUAAUGGCACAACUGUCCAUGUGGGCAUUCACCCCAGCAAGGUGGUUAUCACUAGACUAAAACUGGACAAGGACCGCAAAAAGAUCCUUGAACGUAAAGCCAAAUCUCGCCAAGUAGGAAAGGAAAAGGGAAAAUAUAAGGAAGAAACAAUUGAGAAGAUGCAGGAAUAAAAUAAUCAUGUAUAGAACUUUCAUUAAAAACCUAAAAUGAA